AUGAGCAGCCACUGGGAGUGCCCCCUGUGCUUGGAGACCCUCAACGAUGCCGUUGAGACGUCCUGCGGACACGCCUUCUGUGCCGGGUGCAUACUGCGCGUGUGGGAGACCGACAGGGAGCAGCGACCCAUUCGCUGCCCCAUCGACCGGCGCAACGUUUCCAUGCUCAUCCCCAGCUACGCCCUCCGAGCCGGUGUCGACGCCUACCGGCGAGAGACUGGACAGGCCGUCGAGCCCGAGGCGGGUCCAGCAGGCCAGCACGAUGCGAAGGUCGACGAGUACAACCAGCGCUACCUGAACGCCGACCGGCCGGUGAUGCAGCGGGUGCAGGAGGACUGGGUGCUCUUCAACCGGGUGAUGAGCGGCGACCUGACCCUGCGCAAGAUCCUCACCACCAUCACCAUCUGCCUCGGCGUCCUCUACCUCUUCGUCCCGUUCGACCUCAUCCCCGACUCUGCCGGGCUGGUGGGUCUGUUCGACGACCUGGUGGUGUGGCUCGCCAUCGUCUGGUUUGUUGUGGCCCUGCUCGAGAGCUAUCGCCAGAACCUGGCCGAGCACCAGCAACGAUUUCAGUAG